UCUGUAUCUCCUCUAUCAGUCAUGGCUUCCUCCAGCAGUUUCCUGUCUGAAGAUCAGCUCCAGUGCUCCAUCUGUCUGGAUGUGUUCACUGAUCCAGUCUCUACUCCAUGUGGACACAACUUCUGCAUGACCUGUAUCAACAAGUACUGGGACACCAGUUCACACUGCCAGUGUCCAGUAUGUAAAAUGGAUUUUCCCAGAAGACCUGAACUACAUGUUAACACCUUCAUCUCUGGACUGGCGGCUCAAUUCAGGAAGCCAGUUCAGGUCAAAUCAAGCAGCACUGCUGGAAAACAUACCAAAUCUCUGGUGUUCUGUGAGGUCUGCAGUGAAAAGAAACGUGAAGCUCUGAAGUCCUGUCUGAUCUGUAUGGCCUCUUACUGUAAGACUCAUCUGGAACCUCAUGAGAAAGUUUCUUCAUUCAAGAAACACAAACUAAUAGAUCCUGUGGAGAACCUGGAGGAUUACAUCUGUCAGAAACAUGAGAGACCUCUGGAGAUGUUUUGUAGAGACGACCAGACGUGUGUUUGUCAGUUCUGCACUUUAGAUGACCACAAGAACCACAACACAGUUCCUAUAGAGGAGGAGAGUGCAGAGAAGAAGACUCAGCUGGGAGCAACACAAGCAGAAGUUGAGCAAAUGAUCCAGGACCGACUGAAGAAGAUCAAGAAAAUCAAAGAUUCUGUAGAAUUUAAUAAAAAAAACAAUGAAAAGGAGAAAGCUGACAGCAUGGAGAUCUUCAUAUCUCUGAUACGCAGCAUUGAGAGAAACCAGGCUGAGAUGCUGAAGGUGAUGGAGGAGAAGCAGAGAGCAGCAGAGCGUCAGGCUGAAGAGUUCAUUAAAGAUCUGAAGCAGGAAAUCACUGAGCUAAAGAAGAGAAACACAAAGCUGAAGAAGAUCUUCAACACUGAGGAUAAUUUUCAUCUCCUACAGAUUUACCCGUCCCUGUGCAGACCUCCACCCACCAACAACUGGACUGAUGUCAGUAUUCAGCCUCAUCUGAAUGUGGAGACUCUGAGGAGAGCUCUGUCUCAGCUUCAGGAAUGUGUUGAUGAGGAAAUGAAGAAGGUUGUCAGUAUGGAACUGAAGAGAAUUCAACAAUAUGCAGUGGAUGUGAAUCUGGAUCCUGAUACAGCUCAUCCUAAACUCAUCCUGUCUGAUGAUGGAAAACAAGUUACUGAUGGAGACAAACGACAAGAUUUUCCUGAUAAUCCAAAGAGAUUUGAUUGCUGUGUAUUCGUGCUGGGAAAGGAGGGAUUCUCCUCAGGGAGAUUUUACUAUGAGGUUCAGGUUAAAGGGAAGACUAAGUGGACUUUAGGAGUGACCACAGAAUCCAGUAACAGGAAGGGAAAGAUUACAGUAUGUCCUAAAAAUGGAUAUUGGUCUGUAUGUCUGAGAAAUAAAACUGAAUAUAAGGCUCUGGAUUCUCCCUCUGUCUCCCUCUCCUUGAAACAGUCUCCUCAGAAGGUGGGGGUGUUUGUGGAUUAUGAGGAGGGUUUGGUCUCCUUCUAUGAUGUUGAGAAUGAGUCUCAUAUCUACUCUUUCACUGGUCAGUCUUUCACUGAGAAGCUCUAUCCAUACUUCAGUCCCUGUCUCAAUGAUGAAGGUAAAAAUUCAGCACCACUGAUCAUCUGCCCUGUUAGUCAAGUUCAAACUUAAUUAUUGAAUACAAUGCGAAGUGCAACACCACUGUCUGAAACACAUUGGUAACAGUAAAAUACCAUAACAACCGACUAGCAGCACCCUACCAACUAAGUGGAUCACCCUAGCAACCUGACUGGAGCUGCACAGUAUAUUUUGGAAAUGACGUAGCAACACCCUAGCAAUCUUAAGGGAACAACUAGCAACUUCCACCAAAUGUGUAUAAUAUCAAGCAACACACUAGUAAUUUCCAUAAAUACCAUAAAACCAACUAAGAAUAUCAUUGUUACCUGGUAGAAUAUGUUAGUAUUUACCAAGCAACUGUAGAAACCUCUUCAACACGACUGGUCGUGUGUCACAGGGGGUGCAUGAUGGUCCACGACUCUCCUUGAUCAGAGAUACUGUAAGCAGAAGUGGAGUUACAGUUGGAAAUUGGAAUUGACAAGAUUUGGAAAGAGGAUGGAGGGGGUAUAUGGAAAAAUUGUGUUAGUAUUACAUGGAGUUUUAUUUUUUUAAAUUAUUUUAUGUAUUUGGUGAUUUUUUUUGCACUGAAAAGUCAUCCAUUUGAUCAUUGUUUUUCUUGUGUAAUGCACGUCUGUCUGUGUAUAUUUUAUAUUAAAAGUACAUAUUAUGAA